AUGUCAGAAAACGGAUUCUUAAUGAGAAAUGCUGAUCUAGAGGCAAUCGAUUUAUCCAAAGAUGGGCAAAUGCAGAAGAAAAGGCAGAAGAGUAGCGACAAUUCUGAAAUGAAACAAGCCAAAAAAUCAAAAAGAAACAAAGCACUAAGUUCUGGUAGGAGAGUACAAGAAGUUACAAAAGUUCCUGGCCAAACUGUGAAAAGAAAGGUCAGAAAGAAAGAUAAAGAUGUGAAAGAUACUGUUCCACAAACUACCACUGGUACAAAAAGGAAAAAACAAACAAGAGAAACUGAUUCAACACCUUUGUUUGAGCCUGAGAGUAGUUUGGCUGAUGUAGAAGAUUCAGAAGCUAUGGAUUGUACUGAGGAACUCUCUGAGCUCAUGAGUGACCAUGAGUUCUUACGACAACAAAUCAAAAUACUUAAGAAGCCAUUCCAGUUAGAGAAGGACUGCCCCUCUUUAUCAAAGAUUAAAGAAAAAGAUGCCAAGCAUAUUCCUUUACAAGUUAUCAACAAUGCAUUGAGAAAAGUCAAUCAUAAAACAGAGGAUACCGUUAUGCGAAAUCUAAACAGACUUGCACAGAGAAAACUACUUGAAAAUUUAUCUGCUGCAAGACAGGAUUCAAGGAGCAGUUCUAGAUCUGAUCAACAGCUAAAAAGAUAUAAAGAAGUGCAGGAAAGAGUGAUGAAUCUUGAAAAAGUUCAUCAGGAAAUCAGAAACCAACAUGCUCAACAUAAGGCUAUUGGUAGUUUUGUGUUGCAGCUGAAAGGCGACAUUGAGAAAUUUGACAACAAAGAAUUGGUGGCAGAGAUAAGAAGAACCAAUAACUUACUAGGUAGUGCCAAUUUGAAAAAUACAAGCAAGGACAAAGAGAUUAAUGGAAACCCAGAUUCCAGGCCUGAAGUGACUUCGACAGAUAAUGAUGAUCCUUGUAGUCAUGAACAGCUGGUUCAGAUACUUUUUAAAGACUGAUGAUAUAUUUGUAAAUAAAGAAAAAUUUCAUACAAUGAA